CACAUCUGACACAUUCAAAAACACAAUUCGCCUGCAUUUUUACACACAACACAAUUUUAAUUUCUAUUGUAAUUAAAAAGUAGCUAUAGAAAAUCCUAUUUGAUUUAUAAUUUUAUUGUAACACUCUUAUCAGCAAACCUCUUGAUAAAAAUAGAAUUGAAUAAAAAUGGAUAAACUAAAACGGGUAUUGAGUGGAAAUGAUACUCCAGAUGAAGAAAGUGGCAUUAUGUCCCAGCUUAACGAUGCUUCAACUCUAAGCUGGUCGACAAGAAUCAAAGGAUUUAUUGGUUGUUUCAUAGUAGGCAUACUCCUGACAAUUCUAGGAUCGUUUGCCUUAUUUUUCAGUAGAGGCUUGAAAGUAUUUGCAGUUUUUUACACUCUAGGCAACAUCAUCUCAUUACUCAGCACCUGCUUUCUCAUGGGGCCUUGGAAUCAGGUUCAGAAAAUGUUCCACUCGACAAGAGCCAUAGCCACUUGCCUGGUUAUCGGUAGUCUUGUUAUGACUUUGCUUUCUGCUCUAUUGUGGCAAAAAGCAGGCCUGGCACUUUUAUUUAUCAUAAUCCAGAGUCUUUCGAUGACUUGGUACUCGUUGUCUUACAUUCCUUAUGCUAGAGAUGCUGUAAAGAAGACUGUAACUGCUUGUGUUACAUAAGCAACUGUAAAAUAAUUUAUUUGUGUUGGGAGAUUGAAUUGGGCCCAUUUUUGUAAAGAUUGCUUUAUAAACAUGGGUCCUAAUUAUUGACUACUUAUACAUUGGUGUUGUCUUAAAUGUGGAAUAUCUAGAUAUUAACAAAAGUCAAUAUUAUUUUUAAACAUAUUCGCCUUUAUACCAGGUUCAUAUUUUUAUAUAACUGAUAUUCUAGCCAACAAUAAUAAUUAUUAUAGUUUCAGUUGGUCAACUAUUGUUCCAAUGUCGCUGGUUUUCUAGUUGGAACAAAUCUCAUAUUUUUUAUAACUUUUACUGUAAAAAUAGAUUAUUAAAUCAGUAUUUUUCGAGAUUAUUUAGGAGGUGAAAUAGGUACACAAACUUUUUAAACCUAUAUGCAUUUAUGUACUUCGAUUUUUAAAAUUUAUUGAUAAGGCCCCACACGCAUAUGUAGAUGACUUAUUGAACUCCAUUUCAUCAAAAUGCACAUCUAAAUCAGUAGUUUUUUGAGCAAGCAUAAUGACGAAUACAAGGGUUGAGCCACGGAAAAUUAUCUCACUGAUAAAAUUCUUCUGGAAAAUUCCUUUUAAGUAAUUUUAGUUUAUUAAAUUUCAUCCACUCACUUACAUACCCUAAUGUUUGAUUUAUUUUAUCUACAACAACCUUUAAAUCUGAGUGUGAUGCAUAAAUGAUGGUAUCAUCAGCAAAAAUAAGUUACCUAUCUAACAUUUUUCAAAACCAGCUGUAUAUUAUUAAUGUAUCUACUGUAUAAACAGAAGUGCACCCAAAAAACUACCCUGCUGCUCUCCAACAUUAAUAAAACUUUCCUGGAAAGUAUAUUCACCAAAUUUACCUUUCUGAUAGGGAUUGUUAUCUCUAUAGCUAUGGCACUUGCUGUCUUCUUCUUUCUUUUGGAAAUGAAUAGAGAUAGCGAAAAUGUCUAUUCCUUAUAGAAUCCUAGCCCAGGUAUCUUUCCAUGCAAUAAAGAACUGUUAACAACAUCCAAAACUAUAUUUGAUAAUUCAUCAAAAAAUUCCUUAUAGGAUCACAUAUCGAUAUCAUGAGGAUUUGACUUAUUACUCAUAGAAAAAAUUAUUUCCCUAAGAAUAUCUUUGUCAAUAAGUUACACGUACAUUACCACUAUUUUCAGUAAUAAAUAUUAUUUGGCUUAGAGCUAGUGUCUGUACAAUAUCAGUGAUACUCUGAAUAAAAAAUGUUUUAAAAUUUUCCACAAUUUCAGAUAAACUAUUGGAAACGCUUCCCAAAAAAUCAAUUUUGUCUAUUUGUUCUGUAUUUCUUUCAACACUAAUGUGUUUUAAUGAUUUCCACAUUUCUUUCGGGUCAUUAUACCAAUUAUCCACCCUGUCCUGAUAAUAUCUACACUUCUCUAUUCCUAUUCUUAGUAUGUUUACAUCAGCAUUUCUACUAUUUUUAUAAUUAUCCUAAUUGAUCUGAUUGCAUAUGUUUAAUAAGCAUUUUCUCUUGACUUUUUUGCAUUCAAAACCCGCUCAUUAUAUCUUACAUUUACAGCAACUUCUUUUUUUGGCUGGUGGGUAUCAAUAAUAAUACUUAUCAUUUUUCUGAGGUAACCAUCAUAUUUAUCAUCAAUGUUGCCUUGAUAAUAGUCCAUGCUUUUACUUAGAUUCAAUACAUCAUAAGGCAACUGGUUAAUAUUCUGUAUUUUACUUGUAUAGGUAUACAUACAUAUCAACUUUGCUAUAUCUGGCUCUUGUAGAACAUCUGUGAUUAUGUCAAAAAUAUCACAGCUACUCUUUUCAGGUGGCUUAUAAUCUUCGGUUGCCAAAUGGCUCUUAAUUUAGUACUCAUUCCAGCAUUCACUGGUACUGUUGCUAGUACUGUAAUAGGCUUUACCAAGGGGCAAACCACCUAGGAAUACUUUGCCAAAAAUGUGAGAAAUUUAGAGGAAUUUGUGGGAAAUUUAAUGGAAUUUGUGGGGAAUUUGAAGGAACUUAUCGGAAUUUAUAAGAAUUUGGGGAAUUUAUAAGGAAUUUUUGUUAGGAAUUUGGGAGAAUUUGUGGGGAAUUCAUGAGGAAUUUAAAGGAAAUUGUAGGGUCAUGACGCCACUGAGGUUCACAGUCUUAUAAUAAGAAAUAAUAAUGACUGGAAAAAAAAUAAUCUAGUUUUGUGUUGGAUGUUAGAUAAUAAUUUUCAUCAAAGAAAUCCUCCCAAAAUUACACUUCAUGAUUUACAGGUCCAAAUUUGAAACAUUCAAAAUAAUAAUGAAUACAGUUUUUGUAGGCUGAUUUUCAAGAUUUUUCAUGUUGUUAUUUUCCCCUAGAAAAAUUUGAGAUUUUGGGAAAAUGAUCUUCUCACCUUCCACUUUACAUGCAAGAAGUUUCAAAAUUUUCCCUUUACUAGUUUUCCAGGAAAGCUUUGAAAUGUGUGAGACUGUAUUUUCAACUAAUUCUGUUUGUGUAGGUUGAGUUCCAAGAUUUUUCAUGUUGCUGUUUUCCACUGGAAAAAUUUGAAAUUUUAGGAAAAUGAUCUUCUCACUCGUCUUCUCAUCUUCCUCUUUACAUGCAAAAAGUUUCAAAAUUUUUUCUUUACUAGUUUUCCAAGAAAACUUUGAAAUGUGUGAGACUGUAUUUUCAAUGAAUUCAGUUAUUGUAGGUUGAUUUCCAAGAUUCCUCAUGUUAUGAUUUUCUACUAGAAAAAUUUGAAAUUCUGGGAAAAUGAGCUUCUAACCUUUCUCUUUACAUGCAAAAAGUUUCAAAUUUCUCUCUUGCCUAGUUUUCCAAGAAAAUUUUGAAAUGUGUGAGACUGUAUUUUCAACUAAUUCAGAUUUUGUAGGUUGAUUUCCAAUAUUCCUUAUGUCGUUAUUUUCCACUGGAAAAAUUUGAAAUUUUAGAAAAAUGAGCUUCUCACCUUCCUCUUUACAUGCAAAAAGUUUCAAAAUUUUCCCUUCACUAGUUUUCCAGAAAAACUUUGAAAUGUGUGAGACUGUAUUUUCAACUAAUUCAGUUUUUGUAGGUUGAUUUCCAAGAUUUUUCAUGUUGCUGUUUUCCGCUGGAAAAAUUAGAAAUUUUGGGAAAAUGAGCUUCUCACCUUUCUCUUUACAUGCAAAAAGUUUCAAAAUUUUCCCUUCAGUAGUUUUCCAGGAAAACUUUAAAAUGUGUGAGACUGUAUUUUCAAUUAAUUCAGUUAUUAUAGGUUGAUUUCUAAGAUUCCUUAUGUUGUUAUUUUCCACUGGAAAAAUUUGAAAUUUUGGGAAAAUGAGCUUCUCGCCUUCCUCUUUACAUGCAAAAAGUUUCAAAAUUUUCCCUUCACUAGUGUUCCAGGAAAACUUUGAAAUGUGUGAGACUGUAUUUUCAACCGAUUCGGUUUUUGUAGGUUAAUUUCCAAGAUUUUUCAUGUUGCCCUUUUCCACUGGAAAAAAUUAGAAAUUUUGGGAAAAUGAGCUUCUCACCUUCCUCUUUACAUGCAAAAAGUUUGAAAAUUUUCCCUUCAGUAAUUUUCCAUGAAAACUUUGAAAUGUGUGAGACUGUAUUUUCAAUUAAUUCAGUUAUUGUAGGUUUAUUUCCAAGAUUCCUUAUAUUGUUAUUUUCUACUGGAAAAAUUUGAAAUUUUGGGAAAAUGAGCUUCUCACCUUCCACUUCACAUGCAAAAAGUUUUAAAUUUUGGCCUUCACUAGUUUUCCAGGAAAACUUUGAAAUAUGUGAGACUGUAUUUUCAAUUAAUUCAGUUAUUGUAGGUUGAUUUCCAAGAUUUCUCAUGAAAUUCGCAGGGAAUGUAAAGGAAUUUGUGGAGUAUUUGGAGAAGUUCGUGGUGGGGUAUUUGGAGGAAUUUGUGAUAGGGUAUCUGGAGGAAUUCGCAGGAAUCUUAAGGAAUUAUGCGUAAAAAAAUCCCCUUUGAGGAAUUGUUUGCACCAAUUCUGGGAUAGAGUAAAGUUUACCCCUUGGGCUCUACAGUUUGUAUCUUCUUCUUCACAUCUCCAUUUCCAGCACUUAUUCGAAAAUCGCUUUAAUGUGAGGAUAGAGGAUUAGCAUCCUACUUCGAAAUUUUCCACGUUUCUGAAACAAGUUGGAAUAAGAUGGUUUUUCGUUAUUGUUGGAACAAAUUUCAUAUGUAUUCUUCUACAUUUGCUUUAGAUGUUUUGAAGAUUUCAUUUUUGGAGAAUUUUGCAUUAGAUGUUCAGAAGAUGAUGGAUUAUAAUUUUUCCCUUUUCCAUGAAGCAGGCAGAUUAUUUCUGUAUUCAAUUUAAUUCAUAUCCAGAAAUUGUUAGUGGAUUUUGUUGUGUAGUGUUUCUGUUGCACAAUUCCGCCCAUCGGUAUUGAAUUUUAGCUGUUUUUCCUUGUUUGUCCUCACAAAAAGUAGUUUUAUUCACAAUUAUACAGAGUUUACGAGUAUUUCUUCCUCAAAACUUUUCAAUAAGGUGCAUGCAUUUAUUUACGUAUGUGUGGCUGGGGCCCAAAGGUACUUUAUUUUAGUAUUGUGGAGGGCCAAAAAACGCAUACUUUGAAGAGACUGUUAAUCGAUAAAAUUAUUUUGUUUUAUGUUUAAGGUCAUGAUUAUUGUAUUUCAAUAAAUAUACAUAUUUUAAUAUGGUA